AUGACGCAUUUUCUGCAACAUCCGGCAUACAGACAUUUUGCUCAGGAUAUUGUUUUCGAGAAGGAAAGUGAUAAUGGUGUAUUUAUCAGAUAUAGCAGACUUCACAUCCCCCUCUUCAAUGUCACUCGUUCCACCAGGAAAAGCGCAAUCCAUUUGAUGAAAAAGAAAGUGAAAAUAGCCGAGAAGCGUUACUCAAUACGAUUUCUCACUUAUCAUGUGAUACACGAUUUGGUUGAACAGGAUGACUUAAUACCAUGUUUACUCUUCAAUAAUGCUCUUCUAGCAGGGGUGACUUCAAUAAGCACAAUUUUACUGUUAACUCCAUCGAUGAUGAACUGUAUUCUCAUCAUCUGGGCUACAUUUAGGAUCAAUUUCGGUGUAUUUGCAUUAUUGAAUGUUUGUGGAACUCAUUUGGACAUUAUAUCAACCAUUGUUAUACUUCUAAGCAUUGGCUACUCGGUCGAUUAUUCCUCCCAUAUACUGGCACAUUUCCAUCAUUUCAAACGUCAUUCAAAAGACCCUGUUGAGGAUACAUUAAAUAUCAUUUGCUGGCCAAUUGUUCAAGCAUCGCUUUCGACGACAAUUGGUAUGAUAUGCCUAUCGCCUGUUAAAGGAUAUAUCGUCAAAACGUUCACUCAUGCGUACUGUUCGUUUGCUGCAUAG